AUGCGCGUUACGACCAUCUUGUCCUUGGUGCCUUUGGCACUGGCCGCUCCUGCGAAGCGGCCUUCCCCUGCUCCCCUUCAUGUGCCCCAAGACACCACUCUAGUUGAGGGUAAGUACAUCGUGAAGCUCUACGAGAACGCGGCCAUCCAAGCUCUCGAUGACACCAUGUCUACCAUUACGGCCGAUGCCGACCAUGUCUACAAUGUGCCCGGCUUCAAAGGUUUCGCCGGAGCCUUGAGCUCAGAAACCGUUGCCGCUCUGCAGGAUCAUCCGGAUGUCGAAUUUAUCGAACAAGAUGCUGUCAUGAGCAUCAACACCUACGUGACUCAGAGUGAUGCAACCUGGGGCAUUUCUCGCAUCUCUCACAGAGAGGGCACCAGCGGCUACACAUACGAUGACAGCGCCGGCACCGGAACCUGCGCCUACAUCGUUGACACCGGCAUCUACACUGCCCAUUCGGAGUUCGAAGGCCGGGCUACCUUCCUUGCCAACUACGCCGAUAGCUCCGAUACAGACGGCAAUGGCCAUGGCACCCACGUCGCCGGUACCGUGGGUUCCAAGACCUAUGGUGUCGCCAAGAAGACCAGCUUGUUCGCAGUGAAAGUGCUCGAUUCCAGCGGAUCAGGUACCACGUCAGGUGUCGUUGCGGGCAUGAAUUUCGUCACCUCGGACUCGCAGACCCGAAGCUGCCCCAACGGUGCUGUCGCGAACAUGUCGCUGGGGGGCAGCACCUCUACCGCUAUCAACAGUGCUGCGCAGGCCAUGAUCAGCGCUGGUGUCUUCCUGGCUGUCGCCGCUGGCAAUGCCAACACCAAUGCCGCCAGCACGUCGCCUGCCGGUGAACCGACCGUCUGUACUGUCGGUGCCACGACUUCUGCCGAUGCUCGUGCCAGCUACUCCAACUAUGGCAGCGUUGUCGACAUCUUUGCCCCUGGCACCAACGUCCUGUCCACUUGGAACGAUGGUGGAACCAACACCAUCUCUGGCACCUCCAUGGCCUCCCCUCACAUUACCGGCCUUGGUGCUUACCUCUUGGCCCUAGAGGGUGAACGCGCACCGCAGGCCCUCUGCAGCUACAUUGCUUCGAUUGCCACCUCGGGGACUCUCACCAGCAUUCCCAGCGGCACCGUUAACCUACUUGCCUUUAACGAUAACCCCAGUGGUUAA